CUUCGAAUGCAUCUAUUUCUCAAAAAAGCGGAUAUUGUGCUCGCGUGAGGAAAUAAUUUUGUUCAAAAUAAGUGUCAGUGACUUAGCGGCUUUUAGCUUUUUGGACUACAGUGCGUGGAUAGUUCAAGAUGAGGGAGAUUAAGUACACUUUCAAUAAAAAAAUAUUAACCCUGGCGUUGGUGGGUGUUAUAAUGGUUUGUUCUUCAUGCCUGAUACAUUUAUACAAUCCUCUACAACUACUCGUUAACAAGAUGGCAAGGAUAGAACCAGGAAACUUUUUGUAUGGUUUGUGGCAGGCGCCCCCAUAUGCACCAACGCUAAGAUUCUACAUUUUUAACGUAACUAACCCACAAGAAUUUCUGCGAGGCGAAGAGAAACUGAACCUGACAGAAGUUGGACCUUACUGUUAUAGGGAACACCUUACUCACGAAAAUGCUUCUUUUAAUGCAGAAGAUGGAACGAUAAAUUUUAAUCCAUUAAGAAAGAUGACCGUUUAUCCAGAAUGUUCCAUAGGAAAUGCUUCAGUGGAUAGACUUUUGGUUCCUAAUAUUCCGUUGAUUGGUAUUCAGAGCUUCCUUAGUAAUUCUUCAUUUAUCACGAACAUUGGCUUCUCCUCACUGAGCGCAACAUUGGGCGCUGAACCUUUCCUUAAUCUAACCAUCCAAGAAUAUCUUUGGGGAUAUUCUGACAAGUUGGUUUCCAUAGCAAAUGAGUUCGUACCAAGUUGGAUCGAUUUUGGAACAUUUGGAAUUUUUGAAAGGCUUCUAUCCAGAGAUAAUGGCAAUAACGUCAGCAUUGCUAUAUAUCCGGAGAGAAGGAAAACACGCUACCCGAAUAUACUUACCGAAAACGAGACUCUUGCCGACUACCACAUCAUCAACUGGAACGGGAAACAAGGCCUGCCAGAAUGGGGAUAUGAUAGUAGUGACGAAGCAAUUUCAUCGACCAAACGAUGUCAAUUAGUUGAAGGUGCUUUCGAUGGAACUUUUUACCCUAGACCGAUGACAAAAACCAGCAUCACCUUGUUCAGAAAAGCUUUCUGCAGACCCGUAUCGCUGCAGUUUGUCGAAGAAGGAUACACCAAGCAAGGAUUUAGGUCUUACAACUAUAAAAUGCCGAAUAAUAUGUUUGCCAGUCCAGAAGAAAAUAAGGAUAAUGAAUGUUUUUGUUUUAAUGGGGAGUGUCCUGGAAAAGGGUUGCAAAAUAUAGGUCCUUGCUACUACGACAUUCCUAUAGUGCUUUCACAGCCCCACUUUCUCAAUUCUCCUAAAGAAAUAGUGGAAAGUGUUAAUGGUAUGAACCCUUCGGAUGAAAAACACAGCAGUUUAGCUAAAAUGCAGCCUGAUAUUGGCGUUCCCCUGGACGAAUCAGCUUUGAGAAUCCAAAUCAACCUCGGGGUUAAAGAAACAAAGUUUAACAGCAAGACAAGACCUUUUAACGGUCUCACACUUCCUAUACUAUGGAUCGAGCUCUCCUGUGACGAACUAUCACCCCUAGUAAACUUCCUCCUAAGGGCAGCAGUAGAUGUAGCACCCAUAUUACAAAAGGUAGUUGUUUAUCUAUUGGGAAUAUUAGGACUAGCAUUCAUUUCUGGAGCAGCUCUUCUCACGCUAUUCUUCACGAAGGCUAAUGUUCCCAGGUCAUUAAGCAUUGCCUCUGAGUACUCGCCCUUGCCUCUUAUCACUAUCCCGGCUCAGUAUUUUAAAGAAAAAGAUUUUCGGAUAAGUAAAUGAUCUUAUUUUGUGAUAUUGUUUAAAAUUCGGACCUGAAAAAGAGUACAAUGCCAGUGCAGUAUAGAAUUUAGGUGAAAAUAGUACCGCUGCCGUGGAUAAUAGGUAACAAAUAUUGGCGAGACUCUGAACACUUUUGCUCUUUGGUACCUACUUAUUCAUGCCAAAAGUAUAUAAAAAUGUCCUUGAGCUUCAAUUAUGUUGUUAGACAUAAUGUAAAUGAGACCUAAUAUUGUUGCGUAUAGUAAAAUUAGAUCUAGAUUACUUAACCUUCAAGUGGGCGCGCCCUUUAAUGUAACAUGGGCGGGCGCGUGUCGUAAAAUUUACUACAUUUUGUAAAUUUUUUUUAUAAAUGUUGGGAACUUGUUACAAGAAUAUAAAAAUUAUAAAAAAACAAGUAAAAUCCUUUACAAAAAGUAUAUUUAUUAAGAUUACCUAAAAAGGGCUACAUCACAGAACUAGUUUUCGAUCGGAUGACCGAUCAUCAUCAGUGCUGACCUAAAAUACGUAUAACCUGAUAAGUUAAUGCAAAAUUUUUGAAAUUUUGACUACGGUUUUAAAAAGUUAUAGGUUAUACUCACACGAUGCUGACAUGCUAACCACCAAAAUACAAAAAUAUACGGGUAAAAACCCUGUAAAAUUGAUCCGUCAUGGAAACAAGGAUUAUAUUUGUGAACU